GUGGUGUUCAUGUUACUUUCAAGUUCUUUCUGCCGGUGUAGCAGUAGCACGGUCUGACCGCACUUGCACUCGAGCGUGAGGCGAUCGUCGCUCUUGCUGUUCUCCAGGAUCUGCGACGCUGGGCAUCGAGACUGGUAUCUCGUGCGUUGGUCAAGAUGCCGCGGGAUCUAGAGAAGCAAGUCCAGCAUGGCGAACCACAAGAAAUCAUGAUUGAAGAGGCUCCCCGAGCGACAAGACUCCCUCAGCGGCCACUGACUAUGCAAGAGAAAUUGGAUGCGACAAGAAUACAGUCAAGAGAUAUCGAUUCCCGGGACGCGUCUUCUGCUGGGGAUAAUGGACAUACAUUCGAUCACAUCCCACCAACCCAGGACUCAAACCCGGACAUCUUCACCAAACUCCGCAACUUCGAAGCCGCCCUCGACAGGAAACUCGGCAUCGAAUCCGAAGCAAUUGAUCGCAAGCUCCCAGAAGACCGUAAACCCCAACCCUGGCACGCCCAACUCAACAUGGCUCUAAUCUGGGCCAGCGGAACACUGAACAUCAGCUGCUUCGCCACAGGUUUCCUCGGCUGGCAAUUCGGCCUCAGUCUCAAACAAUCCAUCCUCAUCGUAAUCUUCGGAUCCCUCCUCGGCGGCGCUUUACCAGGUUUCUGCGCAACAAUGGGAGCCCCAACAGGUCUCCGACAAAUUUCCAUUUCGAGGUAUAGUUUUGGCUGGUAUCCUAAUAAAAUCAUCGCUGCAUUGAAUACGAUUCAGCAACUGGGAUGGAGUGCAGCGGGUUGUAUUACUGGGGGCCUCGCGUUGACUGCUGUGUCGAACGGGAGUGUUUCGAUUGUGGUCGGAAUUAUCAUCAUCGCGACUUGUAGUCUGGUUGUCAGUUUCUUCGGACUACGCGCGAUUUUGGUCUAUGAGAAGUAUGCUUGGCUCGUCUAUUUCAUCAUUUUUAUGGUGAUUUUCGGACAGACGGGGCAGUAUACCGACAACAGUACACCUUCGUCACUUACUGGAGCGGAUUUUAGCGGGACAGUACUCAAUCUACUGGCGAUUGUCUAUGGAUCUUCGGCUUCGUGGGCUACGAUUGCGAGUGAUUAUUACGUUCACUAUGCUGUGGAUGUAUCGAGGACGAAGGUCUUUUUGAUGACGACUUUUGGUGUGGCUAUUCCAACGAGUAUUGGAAUGCUUGCUGGCUGUGUGGUCAGUUUUGCGAUGAAUAAUCGACCGGAGUGGCAGGAUGCUUAUGAGAAUCGCGGGCUUGGGUUCUUGAUUAACGAUAUGCUGACACCGAACGGGUGGGCGAAAUUUGUCCUCGUGCUAUUGGUGUUGUCUGGGAUCAACAACAACAUCAUGAAUACAUACAGCGCGGCCCUGUCAUGUCAGCAAUUCGCUCGACCUCUGGCCAAGGUUCCGCGGAUCUUCUGGACGGUUUUAUGCUAUGGUGUGGUUAUUGCUCUCGCACUGGCUGGACGCAAUAAUCUCUUGGCCUAUUUGCAGAACUUCCUCGCUUUGCUCGGGUACUGGUGCACAUCGUACUUCGUCAUCGUCUUCAGCGAGCAUUAUUUUUUCCGAAAAGGCGACUUUGCGAAUUACGACCUGGCGGGAUGGAAUGAUCCUGCGAGGUUACCUGUAGGGAUUGGAGGGGCUACGGCCUUUGGACUAGGUAUCGUUGUCUGGGUUUGCGGCAUGGUGCAGACUUGGUUCGUGGGACCGAUUGCAAGACAAAUUGGAAGUUCGGGAGGUGAUGUGUCGAAUGAGUUGUGUCUGGUUGUGACGUUGGUUGCGUAUUGGCCUGCUCGUUAUCUUGAGUAUCGGUAUGUUGGUCGAUAGCAUGAAGACAUGGAAGUUUGCGGCUCG